AAGGACGGACAACCCAUGCCUCGCUGUAAUUUCAAGGCUUUAUCUUCAAAACCCCAGAGAAGCCGCCCUGCCAAAACCUCUGUUGCACUCUUCAGUCAUCUCCAUAAACCCGAGGCAACGAUGCUUCUCCAACCAACCCCCCACCACCAGAAUGCGUCGCUUUCUUCAACUAUCUCCUACUCUCUACCCCUCUCAUGGAAAAAUCCCCAUUGUGGCAUUCGCGAAACUGUAAUUUACCGGAAACUUCCAAUCACAUGCUCAAUAUCAAAAAUUCACGGCUACGGAACUUUGGAUUAUGAUAGAAAAUCCUUUACCAAAUGGAACUCUAUCCAUAGGAGAAUCUCUUUGAUGGAAAAUCCUGAAUUGGGCGCUGGGACCGUGUUGAAUCAGAUGGAGAAAGACGGCAAGAAGCUCACUAGAUGGGGGCUUUGUAGGGUUGUCAAGGAAUUGAGGAAGUUCAAGCGGUACAAGCAAGCUCUGGAGGUUUAUGAUUGGAUGAACAAUAGUGAAGAGAUGUUUAAAUUAUCUGCCAGUGAUGCUGCAAUUCAAUUAGACCUUAUUGCCAAGGUGCGAGGAGUUUCUGCUGCUGAAGAAUAUUUUUUGAGACUUCCAAAUAACCUAAAGGACAGGAGGAUAUAUGGGGCUUUACUGAAUGCCUAUGUGAGAGCUAGAAUGAGAGAAAAGGCAGAAUCUGUGAUUGACAACAUAAGAAAUAAAGGUUUUGCCACACAUGCACUUCCAUUUAAUGUGAUGAUGACUCUGUAUAUGAACCUCAAGGAAUAUGAUAAACUUGACAUGAUGGUUUCAGAAAUGAAGGAGAAAAACAUACGACUUGAUAUUUAUUCCUAUAAUAUCUGGUUAUCAUCUUGUGGUUCCCAGGGAUCUGUUGAGAGGAUGGAACAGGUAUUUGAACAAAUGAGACUGGAUAGCAGCAUUAGUCCCAACUGGACAACUUUUAGCACAAUGGCUACUAUGUACAUUAAGAUGGGGCAGUUAGAAAAAGCUGAAGAUUGCCUGAGGAGGGUUGAGAGUAAUAUUACAGGUAGGGAUCGGAUACCUUACCAUUAUCUCCUGAGUCUAUAUGGUAAUGUUGGCAACAAAGAAGAGGUUUAUCGUGUGUGGAAUAUUUACAAAUCAAUUUUUCCCAGUAUCCCGAAUUUGGGAUAUCAUGCUAUUAUCUCAUCUUUGGUUAGAAUGGGUGACAUUGAGGGGGCCGAAAAGAUAUAUGAGGAAUGGCUAAAAAUUAAGACAUCCUACGACCCUAGAAUAGGAAAUGUCCUCAUGGGUUGGUAUGUUAAAGAGGGACAUUUUGACAAGGCUGAAAGUUUCUUUGACCAUACGGUAGAAUUGGGAGGAAAGCCUAAUUCAAGUACAUGGGAGAUUCUUGCUGAUGGGCAUAUCAAACAGAAGAGAAUUUCUGAGGCGUUGUCUUGCUUGAAGGAAGCUUUUCUUGCGGAAGGAUCAAAGAGUUGGAAACCGAAGCCUAUAAUUGUGUCAUCUUUCUUUAAGCUGUGUGAGGAAGAAGCUGACAUGUCAAGUAAAGGAGUUUUGGAGGGUUUGUUGAGGCAAUCAGGGUAUCUUGAAGAUGAAAGUUAUGCAUCACUAAUUCGACUGUCUAAUGAGAAAGAUAGGACAGGCAAUAUUAAUGAUACCGAGGAGAAUGAAAUAUUCAACCAGUUGCAGGUUAGUCUCUGAUAUAUUUAUUUCUUCCAUGUGUGUACGGAGAGGUGGUUGUUUAUACCUCGUGCUGGGCAAAGUGGACCUAAGCCUAAUUUUGCAAGGCACUUUACCAACUUUUCGAGGCAGUCAUCAAACGGGCAAAUUUAUUGCCGAUGCUAAUGGUAGGCAGGAAUUUGGAGCGUGUCGUGUAGCCCUAUUUUGCAUGUAGGUAAUUUGUGCGAAGGCAAUCUUGUAUGCUUCAUAUUUUGCAAAUACUCCAUAUUAGAGAGGCAAAGUUUCCUGCAGGAUGCAUCUGAUCCUUCUUAAUAUCUUGUUGCUUCUCGAUGUUCAGGCUUUCCUUUGUGUAAUUUUCAGACAAUGUAAACCCCAGCAAUCGUUUUCAACACAAAAGCUGACAUCCAA